ACAGCGACGACGCCCACCCCGCCGGGCUCAUUGUAGGGCUCUGGCAGCGGCGGGCAUGAUGCUGCAGCUGCUGGUGGGGGCCGUCCUGCCCGCGGCCCUGCUCCUGGCCGCCCCGCCGCCCAUCAAUAAGCUGGCCCUGUUCCCCGACAAGAGCGCCUGGUGCGAGGCCAAGAACAUCACCCAGAUUGUGGGCCACAGCGGCUGCGAGGCCGUGUCCAUCCAGAACAGGGCCUGCCUGGGCCAGUGUUUCAGCUACAGCGUCCCCAACACCUUCCCGCAGUCCACCGAGUCCCUGGUGCACUGUGAUUCCUGCAUGCCAGCCCAGUCUAUGUGGGAGAUUGUGACCCUCGAGUGUCCGGGCAACGAGGAGGUGCCCCGAGUGGACAAGCUGGUGGAGAAGAUCUUACACUGCAGCUGCCAGGCCUGCGGCAAGGAACCCAGCCACGACGGGCUCAGCGUCUACGUGCACGGAGAGGAGGCCCUGGCGGGCGAGGGGCCCGGCCCCCACCACUCGGGCCCGCAUCCCGAGGCCGAGGAGCCCCCGGGCUCCAACCCCCAGGAGGAGGAUGGAGGCGAGGAGUGAGUCCCGGGCCUUCCCUCCCCUCCCCGUCGAGGAACUCUUCUGCCCCGGCGGGCAGGGGAGGGGGAGGAGAGAUGCCCACCCAGGCAGGGCUGGGGUUCAGCUCUUGGCUCUGCCCCCGCCGCGGGAUCUCCGGACAGAGAUGGACUAAGAACAUUGGGGGUUGCCUUGGAGAUUUUGGGCAGGGGGGGCGUUUCGGGAGGAGAAUCGAGCUGCACAUGUUAAUAUAUUCUGAAGAGACUGGGGGACGGGGGAGACACGGGGCAUGGGUUCCUGAGGGAGGGCUGGGGGAGCCCAGGCCCUUGUCCUUAGCUAGAAAUGGAGAUUUCCACCCACCGGGUGCGCCGUCCCUUGGGCCCAGUGGGAUUGGAGGCCGGUGGAUGAGUGUGGCGGGGGAUGACGGGAAGGGGAGAGGCCCAGAUUUGGGGCAGCGGGCCGGGGCUGCGGAAGCCGAGGGUAGGGGUUGAAGAUGGCCGCUCGCGGGGAGGUGGGCCGAAGCUUCCGAACACGCUUCUCUCGGGCAGGGUCUCUGGGGGGCUGGAGCCUCGAGGAGAGGAUCGGGGGGCAGUCCCGCCGAGGGGGGCCAAGCUGAGGGAUCAGCUGAGGGUCCAGUCCCAGAAAAGGUUUGUUUUGAGGUCACAGCCUCGGGACUUCUGCCCUCACAAGUCAUCAUCGGUGGCAUUUAUUAAGACUUACUGUGUGCAGAGCACAGUACUAAGUGCUUGGGGCAGUAAUAAUAAUAAUG